CCCAUCUUUCAACAUUCUCACCCCAUCUCCACCACACAUGGAUCGCAAAGAAAGAUAACUCCUCUGCAGCGCCCGCUGCUUUUCCUCCCUCCACCCUAUCUUCUCCUUCUACCAUCCUCCCGCAAAAUCCACAAUUCUACCGCGCAUUCCAAGCCUUCGCAAUGGCAUCUCGCAUAGGCGCAGCCCGCAUGGGCUCGGCGGCCGUGCGAAGGCUCUCGACGAGAAACACCACGCCCUGCCCGUUCUCUGCUUAUCGGAUCUCCCUCCCUCCUCGUCACCUUCUUCUUCGAACUUUCGCAACCGACUCCAGCGGUUCCUCAAAUGACCUCCUCCCCAACAACCCGAAGGAACGCCCAAGGGAGAAGGCGGCGACCGGAUCAGCGGCGGAAACUGCUUCGAAUGACUCCAAGUCCCCCGAGGAUGCGGUGAGCGAGGCGUCAAGCGAUUCGGCCCGGUCCAGCAUAACUGCCAUGCAGGACGAUUGGGAGGUGCAUCCGAACUUCGACAUCGAGGGCUUCAACGAGCUCCCACAUGCCAACUUUGGAGUCAAUCAGCAUAUCCUGAUCAAUGCCGAGUUCAAGGAGGCCCUGCGACAGAUUCUCUGGCAGUUCCGGGCCCCCAUCCGAUACGCCUUUGCAUACGGCUCCGGCGUCUUCCCGCAGUCCAAGAGUGACGGGCGCGUCCCCACCGAGGCCGAGAUAAGGGCCAUACAUCCGAAGGCCCCGGCGGCGGUCCAGCGGGCACAGGAUGGGACGCCAAAGAUGAUCGACUUCAUCUUCGGCGUCACUUUCACCCAGCACUGGCACAGUCUGAAUCUCAACCAGCACAGAAACCACUAUUCCUUCCUCGGGAGCCUGGGCUCCGGUGCCGUCUCCACGGUGCAGGACCGGUGGGGCGCCGGCGUCUACUUCAAUCCCUACGUCGUGAUCAAUGGCAUCCUCGUCAAGUACGGCGUUGUCAACCUCGACACGCUAUGCAAGGACCUCUCCGAGUGGGACACGCUCUACCUGGCCGGCCGGCUGCACAAGCCCGUCAAGAUCCUCCGCGACGACGCUCGCGUCCGGCUGGCGAACCAGAUGAAUCUCCUCUCCGCCCUCCGCACGGCACUCCUGCUGCUCCCGCCCAAGUUCACGGAGCGGGAGCUCUACAGCACCAUCGCCAGCAUCUCGUACCUCGGCGACCCGCGCAUGUCCCUGCCGACGGAGAACCCGCGCAAGGUGGCCAACAUCGUGGGCAACAACCUGCCCAACUUCCGGCGGCUGUACGCGCCGCUGAUCGAGACGCUCCCCAACGUCGACUUUGACGACCCGGCCCACGGCGCGGACGGCUGGGUCGCCGACGCCGAGGCCAACCUCUCGCUCCAGCAGGACAUGGACCCGGUCAAGCGCGGCAACAUGGUCAGCCGGCUGCCCAAGUCGUUCCGGCAGCGGCUCUACUUCCAGUACCAGAAGAAGUUCGCCAUCCCGCAGGACGAGUUCGGCCGCAUGAUGGCCGAGUCGAGGGACGAGGACGCGACGUCGUUCAGGCGGCGCAAGGGCGGCGGGUUCGAGCGCCGCAUCGCCCAGGACGAGCCGGCGCACCUGCGCGAGUACGUCCGGAAGGUCAUCAAGCAGACGGUCAGCUGGCCGUCGGCGACGCAGAGCCUCAAGAGCGGUCUCACCGCGGGCGUCGGCAGGACGGCGAGGUACAUCGGCGAGAAGAUGGGGAAGUUCCGCGAGGGAAAGGCGCAGGGGAAGGCGCAGGCCGGUGAUGCUGCCCGGGAGAAGAAGUCGGAGGAGUCUGAGAAGUCUGACGAGAGGUCUUCGUAGGCUUUUCCCCCUCAUUCCCCUGCGGGGCGCAACAGGCAGACUGGCCUUUUUUUCCCUUUGUGUGUAUUUACCAGACAUUUUUUACCCUUUUUUUGCAUGUUAAGAUCAUCGCAUGGCGGGGCUGGGUGGCAUGGCAUGGCAUGGCAUCCAGGAAGGGGAGCCAUUAGACCCAAUAUGAAAGGCGUUUUGAGGGAGGCCCGGGGGGGGACCUAACUAACCUGGGGUACGGUAGAUAAGAUAAAUGGUUAAUAACUUCAGCUUUUGCUUAC